AUGGAACUCUUGCUUCCACACCCAUCAAACUCAACGCCUCUCACCGUCCUCGGCUUCUUAGACCGAGCCGCCUCCGUCUACGGUGAUUGUCCGUCCGUCCUCUCCCCAAACACCGUCCACACUUGGUCAGAAACCCACAACCGCUGUCUCCGAAUCGCCUCGGCUCUCACUUCCUCCUCUCUCGGGAUAAACCGAGGACAAGUCGUCUCCGUCGUUGGCCCCAACGUCCCCUCCGUAUACGAGCUUCAGUUCGCCGUCCCCAUGUCCGGAGCCGUCCUCAACAACAUCAACCCUCGCUUAGACGCACACGCACUCUCCGUCAUCCUGCGUCACAGCGAAUCCAAGCUCGUUUUCGUCGACCACAACUCCAUCUCUUUAGUCCUCGAAGCAGUCUCGUUCUUGGGAAAACAUGAGAAACCUCACCUCGUCCUCCUCCACGACGACCAAGAAGACGACUCUUCCUCCGCAUCGGAUUUUCUUGACACGUACGAAGGCAUCAUGGAGGGAGGAGACUCAAGAUUCAAAUGGAUCCGUCCACAAACUGAAUGGCAACCGAUGGUGCUCAACUACACUUCUGGAACGACGUCGUCUCCCAAAGGAGUAUUGCUUAGCCACAGAGCCAUUUUCAUGCUCACUAUCAGCUCCUUGCUAGACUGGUCCAUACCAAACCGGCCGGUUUACCUCUGGACCUUACCCAUGUUCCACGCCAACGGUUGGGGUUACACUUGGGGCACCGCUGCCGUCGGAGCCACUAACAUCUGCACGCGUAGAGUCGACGCGCCGACUAUUUACGACUUGAUCGAUAAGCAUCACGUGACACACAUGUGCGCUGCACCGAUGGUUCUCAACAUGCUCACUAACUACCCUUCACGUAAACCGCUAAAGAACCCGGUUAAGGUUAUGACGGCCGGAGCUCCACCACCGGCAGCAAUCAUCUCCCGAGCAGAAUCACUCGGUUUCAAUGUCGGUCAUGGGUACGGUUUAACGGAAACCGGAGGCCCGGUUGUGUCAUGCGCUUGGAAGAGUGAGUGGGAUCAUCUUGAUCCGGUGGAGAGAGCAAGACUGAAAUCAAGACAAGGUGUAAGAACCGUUGGAUUUGCGGAAGUCGACGUGAGAGACCCGAGAACAGGGAAGAGUGUGGAGCACGACGGAGUUUCUGUAGGAGAGAUCGUUUUCAAAGGCGCAUCGGUUAUGCUCGGUUACUACAAAGAUCCCGAAGGUACCGCGGCGUGUAUGAGAGAGGACGGGUGGUUCUACACCGGAGACGUUGGGGUGAUACACGAAGACGGUUACUUGGAGGUUAAAGACCGGUCAAAGGAUGUGAUCAUAUGCGGAGGAGAGAACAUAAGCAGCGCGGAGGUUGAGACGGUUCUGUAUACGAAUCCGGUGGUGAAGGAAGCUGCGGUGGUGGCUAGACCGGAUAAGAUGUGGGGAGAGACGCCGUGUGCAUUUGUGAGCCUGAAGUAUGAUAACAAUGGUGAUGGGUCGGUGACGGAGAGGGAGAUAAGGGAGUUUUGUAAGACGAAGUUACCAAAGUAUAUGGUUCCGAGGAAAGUGAUUUUUCAGGAGGAGCUUCCAAAGACUUCUACAGGGAAGAUUCAGAAGUUUCUUCUCAGACAAAUGGCAAAGUCCCUGCCUUGA